AUGCCACCGUCUUCGAUAUUCACGUUCGAGGAGUACAGGGGCCCGGCCGGCAAGAAGCCUGUCGCAGCCCGUAGCGGCGUCUUCCACCUGCCACACGGUCCCUUGCGCACGCCGAUAUUUAUGCCGGUGGCGACGCAGGGUGCACUAAAGGGCGUCACAGUGGAGCAACUCGAGGAGCUCGAUGUUGAAAUAAUCCUGGGUAACACCUAUCAUCUGGGCCUGCGACCCGGGGAGGAGGUGCUGCGUGCUCUAACCGCCCGCAAGAACGCGCGGGAGGCUGCUACCGGCACCCGUACCUCGGCAGAUGACAUCCGCGACAACAUGGAUGGCAUCCACUUUAUGGAGAACUGGAAAAAGAACAUAUUAACCGACAGCGGCGGUUUCCAGAUGGUGUCGCUUCUGAAGCUUGCGCAGAUUACGGAGGAAGGUGUGCGGUUCCAGUCGACGCAUGGCAGUGGCACGGCAGGGGCUGUGGUUUCUGUAGCCAAGACGGAGGCCUCGAGCUCUGCCAGCGGUGCGACUGCGGCGGCAUCUACAGCGACGGCGCUGACAGAUGCAGCAAACGGAUAUGACAACGAAGGGGAGGCGGAAUGCACGUACUCCCUGCUGCUCCGGCCUGAGGACUCCAUCCGCAUUCAGAAUGCCAUCGGUGGCGACAUUAUGAUGCAGCUGGACGACGUGGUGCACACGCUGACUGUCGGACCACGCGUGGAGGAGGCGGCAAAGCGUUCCAUCCGGUGGCUUGACCGCUGUCUCGCGGCCAACCAGAAUCGGGAAAAGCAGUGCAUCUUUGGCAUCGUGCAGGGUGGCUUGAAUGCGGAGCUGCGCCGCUAUUGCGUGAAGGAGAUUGUCCAGCGGACAGAGUGCAUGGGCUAUGCCAUCGGCGGGCUCAGCGGCGGGGAGUCGAAGGACGACUUUUGGAGGAUGGUGCGCUUGUGCACGAAGGAGGGGCUGCCGGCGAACAAGCCGCGGUACUGCAUGGGCGUUGGCUAUCCAGAGGACAUCCUCGUCUGUAUCGCGCUCGGCGUGGACAUGUUCGACUGCGUUUACGCCUGCCGCACAGCCCGCUUCGGCUCCGCGCUCACUUCCUCAGGCAAGCUGCAGCUUUCUAAGAAAGAGUACGCAACCGACUUCGGUCCGCUUGACCCGAACUGCAGCUGUAUGACGUGCCGCACCUACACACGCUCCUACCUGAACAUGAUCGCGGCAAAGGAGGGGACAGCGGCGACGUUGCUAUCGUAUCACAACAUCGCCUACCUCAUCGGCCUCACGCGCGGCGCUCGAAGCGCCAUAGAAGAGGGUCGGUUUCCCGAAUACGUGCAGCACUUCUUCCUUGCCUACUACCCCGCAAAGGACUACCCAGCGUGGGUGGUUGAGGCGCUGGCCUCUGUCGAGAUAAAUCUGUUGUAG